UAUUGUUAAAUUAUCCACAUACGUUUAUUAAAAACGCCUUCCUGUUAAAAUUAUCGUAGUCAGGUUUCCAGGAGCGAUGCCCUGCGAGUGUUAAUAUGGCGUACUCUGUCUCAGACAUCUCCAAAGCAUCCGCGUUGGGUGUAAUAUUUAUCGUGACUGUUUUGGGAAAUGCUUUGGUCGCAUAUGUUCUCAUCAAGAACUACACGCGUCUCCUCAAAAAUCGUCCAACGUAUCAAUUUAUCUUAAACAUAGUUCUUUCCGAUCUUGUAGUUGGCCUUCUAACGAUUCCUUUCGAGUUUACUCGCGAACUUCUUGGCAAUUGGGUAUUUGAACGAGAAUUGUGCAAGAUAGUCGAGUACAUUGAAAUUGCUGUCUCAGGGACUGCAGUUUAUACUCACGCGCUAAUCGCCUAUGAUCGAUAUCGCAGCUUGGCUAGACCUUAUCUACCAAAGUUGGAUGGAAAACGCGUCAAGAAAAUGAUAGCAAUGGCAUGGCUUGUUCCCGCUGUUAUGGCUGCCCCUUAUUUGUACAUGUUUGAAGUGCAAAUGAUUCCCUCAAUGGCCAAGACAAUUUGCAGUCCAAGAGCUAUUCCAAUAAGUUGGUUGGAUAAAUUGUACGAGGCAGUUGAGUUCCUCGUUGUGCUUUUACUCCCGUUCAUAGUGUUGUGUAAGUGCUAUUUUCAAGUGACACUAAUCAUGUGGGGAAGAAGUCCUAUGGUGGCAACGGACAGUUUCCCCGCUACAUCACGUUCGAUUAUUCACAAGACUAAGAAGCGCGUUACGCGAACAUCUGGGCUGGUUGCAGCAACUUUCACAGUGUGCUGGUUGCCAACUUUUGUUCUGAGCUUUGUUCGGAUUGUGUCCGGCACAGAAAGUGUCCAUAGAGGACACGUUCUUUACGAAAUUUCCAUGUUCGGUACAUUUAUCAACGAGGCGAUAACCCCUGUUAUUUACUGUGCUUUCGAUAAGAGUUUGAGAGCGAGAAUUGCCGCUCGAGCUAUUUGCACGUAUUUAACAGAAUCGUCAAGAUCAAGCGUUCAUAUUGAUCAAACAAUAAACACAGUGACCCAAAAUACUGCGGCCGAUACGAACCGAAAGAGGGUGAAAUUUAGAAAUCUUGAUUUUAACACUGAACUGAAUCAUGAGAGAUGCUCAGAGGGUUUGAAGAAUCUUAACGAAGAAACAAGAUUGCAGUCCUGCUUAACACCGAACGAGAAAAUUAACUAAAUGCAUCAAAACGAAACUGUAAUCUUCUCGGGUAUUUAAUGGGGUAACUUGUUUAUCUUAUGGCUCAGCAAAGAAAAUGCUAAAAACGAUUAAAAGUAGCAGAGAUCUGUUUUAUUUUCGUUCCUAGGUGUUUAAACAAAGUAAACAUUAAAUUUACCAACUUUGCCACCAUCUUCAGAAACUGUGGAUUUUGAUCCCCUUAUAAAAUAGUUGUUAUCAAUCUACUCUUUUAAAAACGAAUCCUCCAGAAAAGAUACACUCUCGUAAGUCAUUAUCGUGUUUUCAGAAUCUUAAAGUAGAUAUGAAUGUUUUAAACAUCUGAUAAUGGGCAACUGAAUGCAGACGAUUAUCGUAAAAUUUACUAGAUAGUAAUUCUGAAUUUAGCUAAGAAUGAAGAGGAAAAUUACACCCAAAUGCUAUCCAUUUCGACUGGACAUAGAGCAAUGAAGAGCGAAAAUGAAUAGAAACUAAAAAUGAUUUGGCAACAGGAACUUUUAGUAACCGACCGAGAGUAUAUUAUGGUCUUUGUUUUCUUUUAAAAAUGUUAAUAGCCAUCAGUCCUCUUCGUAAAUUUCAAUAUCCUCAUUCAAAUAAAAUGAUUCAUCUCUUUUGAUGAUUUAGGAUUUUUUUUUUGCAAGAGGUUUGGAAUAUGAGUGACUUAACUUCAUUGAAGGACAAGUGAACCCAACGUAAACUUUGGCUUAUGCAAAUUAUUAAGUGUUUUUCGUUUACUUUGCAGGCUAACGUUGAGGAAAUUACUGCUUAAGUUAAUUGCUGGCUUAA